ACGAUUCGUUGACGAAUCAGAAAUUGCUAACUUCCGGUCAGCUGAUAGUGUGUCAUCGGUGUUUGCAAACAGAACUACUGUUGCUUCAUGCCUGCACCGUCCACUGACACCACACACCACUGCGGUCAUGGGAGAGAAUGAUGAAAGCGAAAUAAUCGAGCACCACGAUGACGAGGAGAUGGAGAAGAUGCGGACGCCGAGGAAUCAAUCGCAAUCCUUUCUGGAGAGCGUCGCGUCGUCGGAGAAGGACGGAUACAGUAGCACGCAGUCGUCACACCGCCUGCUCGCCUACAGCGAUGCGCUCAUCUCCAUCAUCGCCACUGUAAUGGAACUGAAGCAGAGUAUUCAGGCUUUGCUCACCACCAAGAUUGCUGUCUACCUGAUGACUUUUUUGAUUGUCACUGUUGCUUGGGCUGCACAUAUCCGGUUGUUUCAAGUCAUUGAGCGCAUUGACGACACUCUUGCACUGCUUAACCUGGCAUGCAUGAUGCUUAUAACGUUUCUACCAUACACAUUCUCUCUCAUGGCAACAUUCCCCAAUAAUACCCUCGGCAUCCUCCUCUUCUGUGCUUGUGUCAUGGUGAUUGGUUUAAUUCAGGCUUUGAUUGUCUUGUAUGGAUUCAGCCAUCCUUUCCUUCUCAAUGAUCAGAUCCAAAUGCCUGAGAAUCAGGCUUAUUAUAAGAGACGGAUCCUUGAAGUCAUCAUGAGGGUUCCUAUCAUGUGCCUGUUUGCCAGUGUCUUUUCAGUCAUCUUUAUCCAAGUGUCCUACAUUAUUUUGGCUAUUGUCAUAUUCUUGCCAUACAUCUCUCAGUGUUUAAAAUGGAUCCGGAGUAAAGCCAUCGGUGGUCAGGUGGAAGACAGUCCAGAUUCAGUGCCCUUCUACACCUACCACCCCAGUGAACCUUUGAGAAAAGAGCGAGUGGAGGCCUUCAGUGAUGGGGUGUAUGCAAUCGUAGCCACGCUGCUCAUCUUAGACAUUUGUGAAGACAACGUGCCUGAUCCGUCUGUGGUGAAGAAGGAGUUUAACAACAGCCUCGUCGCUGCGCUUCAGGAGUACGGUCCCGAGUACCUGGCCUACUUCGGUUCCUUCGCCACUGUUGGCCUGCUUUGGUUCGUUCAUCAUUCUCUCUUCCUGCAUGUGACAAAGGCCACGCGCCUCAUGGGCCUCUUCAACACGUUCUCCCUGGCCUUCGUGGGCGGCCUGCCGCUCGCCUACCAGCUCACGCAUGAAUUUCCCAGAGGCUCCCGCAAUGAGCUGGAGGCCGUGCAGAUCAGCUGCGUCAUCAUCUUCUUCGCCGGUCUGUUCCAGCUAGCCAUGUGGGUAACGGCACUUUUCACUGAACGCGAGACUUUGCACCCGUAUGUGCGCUAUGGUGGACGAGAGCACGCCUUUAUGUUGGCCAAGCUCUCGCUCUACCCCUGCGUGGCACUCGGGACUUUCGUUUUCACCUGUGUCCUGAGCCGCUUCAGCACGUCCAUCUUUCACAUGAUGGAGAUUGGUGUACCGUUUGCUUUUCUUGUACUGAGGCUGCUGGUCCGUGUGGCGCUGGUGCUGCUCAGGUGGCUCUUCUGUCCUGCGAGGAACGAUUUGGACAGUGUUCCAGUAGAGGAAGAGGACUCCCAGCUGCCCAUUAAUGAUAUAGUCACUUAGCAGUGAAUGGAGAAAAAGAAAACGCCUCAACGUUUAACCUAAAAUUAACGUUUGGCUAGAUUCUCAGCGCUUUUGUUUAUAAUUAAUACUGCAGCUGAUAGCUUUGCACUGUAGAGGACGUCCAUAUCAGUCAAAUCUCUCAUUUAGUUUAAUAGACUGUGAAAGUGAUUGAAGUCUUCAUGAUGAGUCUUCAGUGUCAUAGCAGCGGUCCGAAGAGAGCCCAAGAGCUUUUUUCUCUUUACAGAAAUGCACAAAAAUGUUUUUAAGCCUUGGAUUUAUUAGCAUGUUAAAACUAUGUCUCAAUAUUUUUAUGUUUAUAUUUUAAUGUGAAUUCAAUUACAUAGAGGUUAACACUUCAUUCAAUCAGUAAGAACUACAAAAGUGUUUUAGGUUAUGUUCAGUUAUGUUGGUUUUAGUAUAACAAUUAUAUUGUUGAUAUUUUUUUUAAUUUGAAUUAACUAUUUUGCACUUUAUGUUAUUCGUGCUUUUGUUCUGGAGCUGCAUUUCAAGUCUUUAUACAUUCUAUUGAAGGAAAUCUUUCAUGUAACUGCAUACACGUCCAAAACCACAUGCAUUAGGUGAUUGCUCUGUCAAUGUGUUUGUAUAAAUCUACUCUUCAUUUCAUGUGAGAAUGAAACUGGUGAUGCACCUUAGAUUAAAUAAUGAAGAUACUGCUGCACUUACAGUCUGAUCUGAAUGGAGCAUGUAGAGAUAAUGACAAAAUGCAUAAGCCAUUAUAAGAGGUGUUUUGUUUUUGUGGCAUUUGAGAUUUUGUUAGUAUUUCAUGUAAAUGUUAUUACCAUACUGACUGUAAAGAUGUUGUGUGUAAAGUGCACUUGUCAAACAUUUUAAUUUCUUGAUUUUUUUAUCAUCUUCACAUUAUCAGUCUGUUAGGAGUCUGCUUUGGUUUUGGGAACCACUGUAGCUUUGUCGGUCCAAAUGUUACUGUUUAACUAAAAACAAAGAUACACGUUUGAGAAUAAACUCAAGUGCUGCUUGCAGAA